AUGCCCAAAAACGAUACCCCUCGAAGUACACUCACCCAGAUUGGAGGUUGGAAGCUGGGUAAGACCUUAGGCAGAGGCGCUUAUGCUCACGUUCGACUCGCCACUCAUCCAAAUGGUCAUAAAGCUGCAUGCAAGAUUCUUCCGGCGCUUCACCAUACCCCCGGUAGAGAAGUCAGCUGGGACGAAACCAUAGAUGCUGUGGAAGCCCAUAAGGAAGUCGUUCUCCUCAAAGCACUCUCAGGGGCUGGUGUACCUGGUAUAGUAGGCUUGGAGGGUGUGAUGGAAGAAGGUGGAUGGACCUACGUCUUUCUCACUCUCUAUCCUGCUUCUGCUUCCGCUUACUCUACACCAUGGAAUCAACAACAUUUCAUUCCCUUCUUCAGAAGACUUCUACAGACUAUCGAUAUUCUACACCAGCUCAACAUUAGUCACGAGGAUUUGAAACGAUCUAAUGUCCUAGUUGACGAAUAUGGUCUGCCGGCGGUGGUUGACUUUGGAUUCUCCCAUUUCAGACCUGACGGUGGUAAAGUCCGAAGUGCAGGAGGUACUUUAGACUACUCAAGCCCCCAGAAAGCAGCUGACUAUUUGUAUGACCCCAAACCAAACGACGUUUGGUCUCUUGGUAUCCUCGCUAUGAAGCUACUUGGUAUCCCUCAUCCAUUCACCAGACAUCGACCUCAGGAAGAUAGUAGUGACAUCAAACAACGUAUCAUCGAAGGUAGAGCGAGAUUCAGGUUCGUACAUGAUGAUUCACUCCCUGGUGGUAUCGCAGAAGUCAUCACUGGCAUGCUGGAAUUCGAACCAGAAAAACGAUGGACAAUCUCUCAAGUCCUUCAACAUCCCUCUCUACAGCCCUUUCAAGCAGAACCCCCACCAUUCUCACUCCCUUCAGGCGAUCUUUCGUAUAUGUACAAGGUCGACCCGUCGGUAGUCGACGACCUGUGCUUCCUCGCUUAUCUAAACAAUCACUUCUACUUGUGUGAAAGUCCUCUCAAGAUCAUCCAGCGAUUGCAAGGCAAACAGCCAUGCUGGGAGAAGACAUGGGCGAGUUUCUUGGGCGCUUGGUCGAAAAGAGCUGAAAUGGAUUGGGAAGAUAUCCCUAAGUCGAUCACGCCUUUGAGAACUCGAAGCUUACCUGCUGCAAGAAGUGACAAAGUCGAGCCAAUACCCAGAGGUCCGCUCAAAGAACUUCAUCUUACGCCUGAGAACGUCAAAACACCUGUACCGGCUCAAGCCACUCGAGCUGCCAAUGACAAACACCAGAAGCAGAACGUUCCUCCUAAACAGCCUCGAAAAUCUCGAAUAUACGGGAUGAAGACUAGGGGAGAAUCUUCGAGGAAUGUGCUUGGCGAGAUCGACCGUCAAGAAUCACAUGAACAGCAGAAGGUUCCUAAGAUCAAGGUUACCGCCGUAGACAAAGCUAUCAAACCUAACAAAAGUCCUCAGCCCAAAGCGGAGGGCAAAAAGGAUAACCUCAACGUAUAUCAUAAUGAAACAUCGGCUGAACCCUAUUCCACUGCCACAACCCUGGUCAACAAAGUCUCCUCCAGUACUGAAACAACCUUGGCCUCGUCUGUUGUUGCUGGAUCGACCUCUGAAAAUGCUAUCAUCGUUGAUAGUAGUUAUCCUACUAGAGCUCAAGAAAGGGAAAUCCCCGAGACUACCAGAGCUCUGAAAGCAGCCAAAGGAAAGGGUCCUAAAAGGGGGAAAGAGAAUGAGACCGCUAAUGCUAAUCGAAAUAAAGGUAGAGGCAAAGCGAGUGAAAGUGGAACUGCUCAUGCUGGAGAGCAGAUGAAGGGCCUCAAUCUCGCAGCGAAUCAACCUAGAAGACAUCGAAGACGAUCACCCAGAUUCGAAGGCAGAGAUAGGGAGCAGGUGACUUCAAAUGCUUAG